AUGGGAGAUUUGGACGAAGGUAUCCUUGAAAAAGAAAAUGACGGAAAGAAGAAAAAGAAUUUGAAUAAAAAUUCCAAAGAGAGUGCUCCAAAAAAUAAAGAGUCCAGUGGAACAAAGAAGGCGGGAGAAUUAGAGGCAAAAAUGGAGAAGAAAAACAAUGGGUCUGCUUCCUCAAAAGGGCGAAGUAAAUGGGUUUUAAUCAAACAUUCUCUAGACUUUAUUCACAAGAGCAAAGAAACAGUUAAGGAGAAGAGUGGAUGCACUGAACCAGUGACGUAUCCUUUUCUUGGUCAAACUUAUCUUAAUUCUAUACCUCCGGUCAUAGAUCAGAGAUUACAGGAUGAGGUGUGUGAGCUACAGGGAGAAACUUUGGAUUUGUACAUGAGAGGGCUCCAAGCUAGAAUGGCGCUAAAACACUACACUGAGACCUGUAUGUAGAGAAGAAAGAGCAACAUGAAGAAACAGUAACAAAACAAGAAAGUGUGAAGAAAAAAAGGGGGCGAACAUUAAUCAAAAAAUACUGUUUUUUCUUUUUGUAUUCUCAAAAGCGGUCUUUAAAUCGGGUACAAUUUGAAAACAUCAUUUAUUAGUGAUAUAAAUAAAGAUAUAUCACGAAUUCAUAAACGUGCAUGUGAAAAAAGCUGGAUUUCUUAAAGUUUAUUAACCUCAAAUUUUAUAUAUAAAAUGGAUAGUAUCUUCGUUUUCAGAUUGGUUGCGUAUUUGCUGAAAAUGAUCUGUAC